CCAUGGACACAUAAACAUCAUUCCCAUUCUGAGGGAAACGCCGCAUUGCAAGUAGCAGUUCGUCGUCAGUUCAGUACAGUGUCAGUAAAGCUCUUCAAAUCAAACUGCCUUUGACGUUCACUGGGCUGAGCACACAUGCAGGCGAUCAAAGAGUGACUUCCCUCCUUUCUGAAGUGAAAGAUACUGAGCUCAUCACCACCAUCACUGAGAAGAGGCAGUGAAAACGCCGUCGGAACCGUCAACGGGCUCUCCUGAGAGAACAGAGAUUUGCCCCACUCAACUUCAGGCCGCAGUGCGUGUCCUUCUUGCCAUCACGAAAGCCAGUUGUUGCGUGCAAUAGUCAGAAAUGGCUUACUACGGGAGACGAGCGGUAGUCAAGGAGGAGUCCAUCUAUAACUUAGUUCCCAGGCCGGCGCAGAAAAGGGAAAAACAACCCAGGUACACAUCGACAUUUCGUCCACAGGUCAAAGAGGAGAUCAAGUCUAAGCAAGUUCCCAGCAAGACCAUGGGACCUGCUAAGGUAGGUAUGCCAUCAACGCAGUCUUAUCUAAAGAAGCAUUCCAAAGAGCAUCGAGUCGAAGAGUUGGGAACAACAAGAAAGACAGCGGAGUCAGAGAGUUUGCUAAGAUCGUUCGGUGCCACGUCAACAAAGACUUCUACGAAACCUGCUGUUCCCCGACAUACUGAGAGGCCUGCUAUGGGUGUAAAGACUCACAAGGAUUUCAUCACGCACAAUGCCGUGAAAGCUAUUUCGUCUGUGCCGACCAGGCCUCAACCUAAGCUGGUUGAUGCACCUACCGGAACGACCAAAGUCCUUGAGGAUCAGCGGACAGAUGCCGGGCUUCUGCCGAAGUAUGUCAACAAACAGGGUUAUGGUGAAGUUCCCAAGUAUCUUCAGACCAGAAAGGCGGUGAUGGAUGAAGCACAGGACAACUAUGAUGCCUACGUAGCACGCAGGCAGAAGGCUAACGAACUGGCCACAAUCCAAGACAAAGAUCGUGACAACGUUUUAGAGGGCCUCAAGAAGCACUGGCAGGAGCUGCAACAUCAGUUCCUUGGCUUGUCGGUGGUCACGGACACCUUACCUAAGAAAGCAAGGAAAGAGCGCAUUGAAGCCGAGAUGAAGCAGCUUGAGAACGACAUUCAAACAAUCGAGUCGCACAAGGCAAUUUACAUCGCUCCUGUCGCCUGAUAACACAGCUGUGGCUAGUAGCCGCUUACACGCUCCAUCACUGGAUGUUCUGGGAUUUCAUGUGUAGGAUGUUGAUAUGAGUUUUUGGGACAGAUUCAUUACGUGUUUCUGGUGCACUGUACUCUAUACAAUAUACCUGUCUUUGUUGGAUUGAUGCUUUUUCCUGCGGUAGCUGUCUUGCACAUUAUGGUACACGUAAUGGUCGAAAUUCGUGCUAGGCUUUGACAAAGCAAGGGUUGAAUAGAUCUCAAACAUCGCAACUGACUCGUUAUACUGCUAACCCGACCCAAGCAAAGCCAGGUACAUGUAGUAGCAUAAUGCUAUUAGCAUUCUCACAUUCAUGUUGUCAUAGAAUAAGUGCAUGUGGUAGUAAUUACCUAUUAUCAGUUUGGUGGAUGCUUGACUUAGAAGUCUGUUCUUGCUGAUCAUAAUAGUUAUUGUUAUGAUACGGCGAGUAUCUUUUUAACGUGUCAUCACGUAUACAAUGA